UCUGAAAGUGAAAGAGCGUUCGGCUUCUCGGCGCUCGCUCUCUCUGGUCUGGCCGCCCGCUCCAGGCUGGUUUCUGUUCUGCGGUCCCGGUGGGCGGCGGGAUGGAAGAGCCCCGGGCCGCCGCGGGCGCGGACGUGUCGCUUCACAACUUCAGUGCAAGGCUGUGGGAGCAGCUCGUCCACUUCCAUGUCAUGCGGCUGACGGACUCGCUCUUCCUGUGGGUGGGGGCAACGCCGCAUCUACGCAACCUCGCAGUGGCCAUGUGCAGCCGCUACGACUCCAUCCCUGUGUGCACCUCUCUUUUUGGAGAUACUUCUGACACGACCUCAUCUGGCCUUGCCCAGCGCUUAGCCAGGAAGACCAGCAAACAGGUGUUUGUCAGCUACAACCUCCCCAACACAGACAGUAACUUCACGUUACUCGUAGAAAACAGGAUCAAGGAAGAAAUGGAGAUGUUUCCAGAAAAGUUCUGAGCAGCAGGAGGAAGAGUUUGUAACCUUUGUAUAAAUUACGUUGCAUUAAACAGGUUGGGUUUUGUCCUCA